GCGGGUGCUGCUCCUGGAUCGAGCGGCGACGCGAGUGCGCCGAGUGGCGCGGCUGCGCCCGCGGACGCCGCGCCCGCCGCGCAGCCCCCGAUAGUCGGCUGCCACGGUGCGCUCUCGGAAAGGGACCAUCGGGAGCAGGUGGCGAUCUUCCGCGGCCUCGCCAAGGCCCACCACGGCGCGCACGAAGACCUGGUCACUCCGCCGCGGAAGACCAGGAGGACGGGUCUGGCCUGCGGCGGGCCGCUCUCCCCCGUGGACAUCCAGGAGCAGCAGGCGAUGAUCGCAUCCAUUGUGGCGCAGGCGCACGGCAAGACCAUCGGGGUGGCCGACGAUAGCGUCGACUUGGAAGCCGAAUUGGAGACGCUCCUCGAUGGCGUCGAGGCGGAGCGCGCUGGCGGCGCGAGCGAGCUUCCAGGUGACCUUACGGACUGA